CGUCCAUCAAAAGGAAAGCUCCCCAUGGAUCAUUCCCACGUCCACGCCCCGACGCCGCCGCGAUGCUCCCGCCGUUCCUCAGCCCCGUCGCCCUCUACGAGCGCCACCUCCGCCGCUGCCUGAGGAGGUCCGGCCUGUCGCAGCGGACCGUCGCCGUCGAUGGCGACACCACGCUCCAGUUCUGGGGGCCCGGCCCCGGCCCCGGCCCCGACCCCGCCGCCGCCCGGAAGCCCGCGCUCGUGUUCCUCCACGGGUUCGGCCCCAAGGCGAUCUGGCAGUGGCGGCGGCAGGCGCAGCACUUCGCCGCCGCGUUCGACGUCUACGUCCCCGACCUCGUCUUCUUCGGCGGGUCCGCCACGCGGUCCGCCGAGCGGUCGGAGACGUUCCAGGCGGCCGCCGUCGGGAAGCUGCUCGAGAAGGCCGGGGUGGAGAGGUACGCCGUGGUGGGGACGAGCUACGGCGGGUUCGUGGCGUACCACAUGGCGCGGAUGUGGCCGGAGAGGGUGGAGAGGGCGGUGAUCGCCAGCUCCGGGAUCAACCGGAGGAGGAGCGACGGCGAGGCGAUGGCGAAGAGGGCCGGGGCCGGAGCCGCUGCCGGGGGAGGGGGGCCCGCCGACGUCAUGCUGCCGGAGACCGCCGCGAGCAUGCGGCGGCUCCUGGGGAUGGCCGUGUCCCGGCGGGUCUCGAUCAUGGUGCCGGAUUUCGUGUUGAAUGACGUGAUCCAUAGAUUGUAUUCGGAAAAUAGGAAGGAAAAAAUAGAGCUGCUGACGGGAUUAACCACUGAAAAGGACGACACGCCUCAAGUUUCUGCCCUUCAACAGGAUGUGUUGCUAGUAUGGGGAGAAAAUGACCGGAUAUUCCCCGUGGAGAUGGCGCACGAACUCAAGGAGCUGCUGGGGAAGAAGGUGAGGCUGGAGGUGAUUAAGGACACAGGGCACGUGCCGCAGCUUGAAGACACGGCACAGUUCAACAAGAUCGUGGAGAGUUUCCUACGUGGGCCCCCGCGAUUCCGACAUAAAGAUAUUUUUAAAUAUUUUAUUUUUUUAUCUUAUUCGUCCUGCAUAAUUAUUAAUCGAUUAAAUUAUUGCGGAAAGUGGGUGAAUUUUGUGCGGUUGGUUCCAUUUUCAUGCCCCACUGAGUUAGGUGCGCGAUGUAGAAAUCUGUCGCUUUUCCACGAAACAUUAAUGAUGUCAUUUUCAAUGGCAUCGAUUAAUUUAACAAAAUAUCCGCCCCGCGAUGUCGCAUCGUGCGAUGUCUGGAAUCGAAUGAUUCGAGGUCGUUCCAAUUUUUCUACUUGGGUCUAUUUUUCAACCGAUGCGCGUGUUGAAUUUAGAGGCGAAAUUUUUUGAUCGAUCCAAAAAAGUUAGUUGCGAAGUGGGUUUCCGCACGAAAGGCGUUGACGAUUCACGAAUUGCGACCAGGGGCACAAAACAUGGAGCACUCGUGAAGGACAAUAAUCACUAUGCUUAUGAUGUUAGACGGGUUUCUUCCAUAUAUUGCCACCCGAAUUUUUAAUUUCGUAUUGAAAAUAAUGUAUAGAUAGAUAGAAUUUGGUGAUGAGCUAUAUUACCUUUUCUAAGGGAUAAAAAUAGAUAUUAGCAUUUUUUUCCCAAUAUUUGUAAUUUUGAUAUUUGAAGACUGAAGUCUCGGAGCAGCAAACACUAACAAUUUGCAUCUCAAUAAGCACUGAGCACUUUCGAUAAUCCCCA